AUGAGUGUCCGCCUAGCCGCCCGGCGGCUGGCGCUGUCAGGCUCCUCGUCCCCUUCACCAUCCUCCCUCCUCGUCGCCUCGCCCACAUGCGCCGCCCUCCUCGCCUCCCCUCCGACCUCCUCCCAGCGCCGUCACAAAUGGUCCAUCAACGUCUUCAAGGGUUGGGGAAAGUCCAGCUCCAAGGACGCCUCCGCGAGCCGCGGCGGCGGCUCCGACCCGCUCACGUCGGAACUCGACGACCCCAAGAAGCGCCAGCAGUUCCUCGAGCGCAACAUGCACGGCACCGUCGAGUACAACAUCUUCCAGGACGAGAUUGAAGCCGGCCCGAGCGGCGCCGCGCAGGAGGAGCGCACCGGCGCGGCCCAGGCUGAGCAGAAAACGCGCGAGAACAUGGCCAUGGUCACGGACCCGGAUCCCCGCGCCCGGAUACGCUGGCACCGCAAAAAGGUGAUCCAGAUGGUCCGCACCAACGGCCACCUCACCACGCGGGAGCGCCUCGCCCGCACCGAGCGCCAGCUCCUCCACAAGAGCACCUUCCUGCCCACCAGCGUCAAGAAGCUCGUUAUGCUGUCGCGCCAGAUUGCCGGCAAACCCGUCGACGAUGCCAUCGCUCAGAUGCAGUGGUCCAAGAAGAAGAUGGCCGCCGAGAUCAAGUACUACCUCGAGGAGGCACGCGACCUCGCCGUCGCCCAGCGUGGCAUGGGCCUGGGCAAGGUCAACGGGGAGCUGCUGGACAAGCCGCGCAAGAUCCAAACCAAGGAGGGCAAGUGGAUGGACGUCACCGACCCUACGCGCAUGUACAUCGCCCAGUCUUGGGUGGGCAGGGGCCCGUGGCGCGGCAAGGAGAUUGACUACAAAGGGCGUGGCAGGAUGGGCGUCAUCCAGCACCCCAGCACCAGCUUCACAGUCCUCUUGAAGGAAGAAAAGACGAGGAUACGAGAGCACGAAGAGCGCGUGGCUAAAAAGAAGGCCAAGGGUCCCUGGGUCCAUCACCCAAACCGCUCCAUCUACGGACAACGACCAUACUACACCUGGUAG